UUCUUUAGAAAACGCCUCCUGGCCAUUCCACCUCUCCCACAGAGCCCAAUGCUGCACGCCAGAGCUUCUGCUGAAGCAGACAGAUCUGCUAAUGCUAGGAAAGAUGAAAGCAUUUAAUGUGUAACAGAUUUAGCUCCUGUGAAAGAACAUCAUUCCUGUAUCUCCUGGAAGUCAGAGUUGAUUUGUUUCUGGCCUAUGUCUACAAGUAACUGGGAUCCUGUAGGACAUUCUCUGGAAUCUCAUUGGAUGGGAUCAGCGUUUAUGAUACAUAAGUACAAUCUUUAGAGGAUUUAAAGAUGACUCACCUGCAUGCUGGACUUAGUCCAGAGACAAUAGAGAAAUCCCGCUUGGAGCUAAAUGAAAACCCAGACACGUUACAUCAAGAUAUCCAACAAGUACGGGACAUGAUAAUCACCAGACCAGAUAUUGGAUUUUUAAGGACCGAUGACGCCUUCAUUUUAAGAUUUCUUCGAGCCAGGAAAUUCAAUCAAAUGGAAGCUUUUAGACUUCUUGCCCAGUACUUCCAGUAUCGCCAACUUAAUUUGGACAUGUUCAAAAAUCUCAAAGCAGAUGAUCCAGGGAUUAAACGAGCUCUUAUGGAUGGAUUUCCUGGUGUGCUUGAAAAUCGUGACCACUAUGGGCGAAAGAUCCUUCUGCUGUUUGCAGCCAACUGGGAUCAGAAAACUCCUUUGUGGACAUCUUGAGAGCAAUUCUCUUAUCUCUGGAAGUUCUCAUUGAAGACCAGGAGCUACAGAUCAAUGGAUUUAUUCUGAUUAUAGACUGGAGCAAUUUUUCUUUCAAGCAAGCUUCCAAACUUACCCCAUCAAUCCUCCGACUAGCCAUCGAGGGUUUACAGGACAGCUUCCCAGCUCGUUUUGGAGGAGUGCACUUUGUCAAUCAACCCUGGUACAUCCAUGCUUUGUACACUAUAAUUAAACCAUUCCUUAAAGACAAGACAAGGAAGAGGAUCUUUCUACACGGUAACAACCUGAAUAGCCUUCACCAGCUGAUUCACCCUGAUUGUUUACCCUCUGAAUUUGGAGGCACACUUCCACCUUAUGACAUGGGCACCUGGGCGAGGACAUUACUUGGCCCUGAUUAUAAUGAUGAAAAUGAAUAUACUCACAGUUCUUACAAUGUCAUCCACGUCAAGCAUGUGCCUACUAUUGUAGAAGGAGAAGACUCACCCAAAUAUAUGAAGAGGUCUCAGUCGGUGGUAGAACCGGGCACCCUGAGGCACGAGGAAGAGAGAGAGAAUGAGAACACCCAGCCGCUGCUUGCUCUUGACUGAUUUCCCCACCUCACUGCAACCCAUCACGCUUCACUAUGGGGUCUUUCUCUCACCAGCUCCACGCACAGAGGAUGUGCCCACUCAUUGCCUUAGUGCCAUAGAAGGGACAGAAGCAUAAUUCUUAACAACUGUGAAGAUUCUGUUACUGCCAAAAAGCACAUCAAGUGCAUUAUAGCCAUUCGUGUUGGACUGCAUAUGCUAUGCAUUGCCAAAUAAAUGCAUUGUGGGUAAAUUCUGGCUCAUAACGGAGUGGAUAGUAUUUUUAUAACAUGAUCAAGAAGAGAAGAGUAUUGCCGUGUAUCAUUUUUAUACCUCUCCAAAUGAUCAACAGAAAAAACGUGUGUUAUUGUCAGCUGUAAAUAUCACAUGCAGUAUUGAGUAUUUAUGACUAUGAUCACUGAUACAAAGAGGUGUUUGAAUGAAGCUAAAAUAGUUGUAUGUAUGAACUUUUUUAUGUAGGGGUCCACUUGUGUUUUGUUGAACUGCAUUGCUCUGAUUGGCUACAGGUUGGUCUAGUCCGGUAAAGUUUAUAAUUCUCUGAUUGUAGAUUGUUUGCUCACAGAGCAAAUAGACACUCACACCCCAGUGGAAACAUUUUAAAGGACUAAGAACUAAAGCUUGACAAAGAAUUAAGCUGGAAAUGCUGCACAUUAUGUUUUGGCCUUCUGUACUAGCCCUUGGCAAUCACAACCCUUGGGAAGAUCUGUGCCCCCCAAAUAUGCCCCAGUAGCCCCCCCCCAUCUUCUUUUCUGCUGACUUACUGAGCUUAGGGACCCACUCACAAUAUACUGUAUAUAUAGAAUAUAAAUGUCAUUAUAAGGCUGAUUACUAAUUAAUACAGAUUCACAUUACAUGGUAACUCAGAAACCAGUGACAUUAGCAUGAGAAUUUAAUAAUCAGCCCUGUAGCAUAAGUUUAUAAGACAGGUCAGCCUUAUGUCCUGUUUGAUGACCCCUAAGCUUAGCUUCUCAACUGCUGCCCACUGAGCAUGUGCAGUGUCACUGACAUCCCCAACAAGAUCCAAGAUGGGUAGCUCCUCUGGACAACAUUGAAGGCUUGGAUCACUGCUUGGCUGCUGAACAUUUGUGCUGAUGCAGUAAGUUUAAUAUAUAAAAUAAAGCGUUCCUGGCCAUAUUCAUUUUUAGGGUUAAGUUCUCCUUUAAAAGAAAGGGUUAUUUCCAGGUUAUAUCCACUUUUCUCAAAUUAAUAUUCCAAAUAUCCUGUGAGUUUACUUGGGUUUAACAGCCUGACACUGUAUCAGUUCAGUAAAAAUUGGGAAACAUGAAUUCAAAUUCUGCUUUGUGUCGUCUCUCUAAAUCUCCAAAGAUAUGUGCAAAUAUUUUCAUUUAUCCUUAGACUUGAGUUUAAAAAAUAAGCCUGAAAUGCUCCAAACCUGGGAGCCAUCAAUCGAACUGUAUCAGUACAGUAUCAUAUAAAUGACUACAAACACUAAUUUAUUAAAUACAAAUAUAUUUUGAUUCUACUAUACCUUUAAGAUGUAUCCACAGCAUACAAUAAACUGAGGGUUGGGGGUUGAUUUAACAGUGUUUAUUGGUGAACAAUCAGCUCUAGAUAUUGGGUAGAUAUAUAGGUAAACAUGCAUUUGUGGCAGGGAAAUACAAAUCUGCAGUUAUUUUCUCAGCAGUUGUCAAUGAGGUGCCCCAGCUGUCCCUUUCCCCAUCAUUCUAUACAAGUGGCCCCACGUGUGCGUAUAAACCCCCCGUGCAAUAGAAGGGGCGGCUACAGGAAAGCCCUUCAGCUUGUGUGUGCUGAUUUGAGAUUCAUGAGAUGCAAAUCAAGGUGCUAAUAUGCCAGUAAUGAUUUGCAAUUAAUUUGCAUGUCAUAAAUCUCCACCAUUCAUAAUAAUUGUAAACUAAUAAAAAGAAAUAUUUACUCA